AUGGAAGCUGCUCAAGGACCGAGCCCUGCGACGAGGGCCGAGGUGCUGAAUGCCCGGCUGACCGCUCACGGGGCGGAGGUGGCCGAUGACGAUGCGGGCGACCACCAUCUUCGCGUCACGCGCUACACUGGCGUCAACCCGCCCAUCGCGCUCACCACCAACUACCACUGGCCCACGCGGCAAGACGAAAUGGAGGGAAACUACUUCUACUACUCGCGGUCGGACAACCCCAACUACCUCCUCCUCGAGAAGGAGCUCACCCGACUUCACCACGGCUCCUCGGCGGUGGUGUUCGCCACGGGCAUGGCCGCCAUCUCGGCCGUCCUCCUCUCCCUGGUGCGGAAAGACAAGGCGGUGGUGCGCGCGAACGAGAUCUACAACGACGUGCCGCGGCUCCUGCAGGAGAUGACCGAAAUGAGCGGCACCGAAGUCAUAACUGUCGACAUAUGCGACACAGAAGCGGUCAUCAAGAGCGUGGAACAGGAGAACGUGCGGGUGCUGUAUUUCGAGUCGGCUUCCAACUGGGUCCAGUCAGGUUGGGGAGCAUGA